AUGGAGCCCGUCCUCAACGAGAAGACCGGCGCGCCCGCCGUCGAAGAUGUCGUCGCCGUCUCCGAUUAUGAAGAGCCGACCGAGGAGGAGCUCAAGACGCUCCGCCGCAUCCCCGGCGCCCUCCCGACCGUCGCCUACCUUAUCUGUAUAGUAGAAUUCUGCGAGCGCGCCUCGUAUCUGGGAGUCUCCGGUCUCAUCUCCAACUUCGUGAACCGGCCUCUCCCUGCGGGAGGCAAUGGUUACGGCGCGCCUGCGCGCGGGACCCAGGACACGGCUGGUGCCCUGGGCAUGGGCACCGUCAAGGCGAAUGCCGUCAGCCAGUCAUUCAGUAUGCUCGCGUACCUGCUGCCCAUGUUCUUUGGCUACCUCUCCGAUGCGCACACUGGACGUUUCAAGAUGAUCCUCUACGGUGUUGCGGUCUUUGGUGUUGCGCACGUUCUCAUGGUCGGUGCUACGGCGCCCAAACUGCUGGCCAAUGGGGGUGCAAAGGCGCCGUACUUUAUCUCACUGUAUAUGCUCUCUGUCGGUGCUUCCAUGUUCAAGCCCAACGUAUCCCCCCUCCUCCUCGACCAGAUGCCUCGCGAUAAAGCCAAGAUCAAGGUUCUUCCCAGCGGCGAACGGGUCAUUGUCGACCCGGAGGCUACUUCUGAGCGAACCAUGCUAUGGUUCUACCUGCUCAUCAAUAUCGGCGGCUUCAUGCAGACCGCCACCUCGUACGCUGAGAAGUACGUCGGCUGGUGGUUGGCUUUCAUUCUGCCUCUGUUCCUCUACAUCCCUCUGCCCCUUCUUCUGAUCUGGUUGCGCAAGCGCCUCGUCCUCUUUCCCCCUGGAGGAAGCGACCUUCCCAACGUCGUGCGCGUGCUGAAGAUCUGUCUCUCUCGCGGGGGCAUCUUCCGCAUCGGCCGCCACGGCUUCUGGGAUGCCGCGAAACCGUCAGUGAUUGCGGCGAAAGGGCAGAACAUUCGCACACAGUGGAACGACCAGUUCGUCGAGGACGUGCGACGCACCUUUCAAGCGACCGGGAUCUUCUGCUUCUUCCCGAUCCAGUACAUCAACGACAAUGGCCUCGGCAGCGCCGCCAGUUUCCUCUCCACUAUGCUCAAGACGGAUGGAGUGCCAAACGACCUGAUCUCGAACUUCAACCCGCUCAGCAUCAUCUUCUUCGCGCCGAUCCUGAACUACGGGCUUUACCCGUUGCUGCGCCGGUGGAAGAUCCACUAUGGCCCUGUGGCACGCAUGGCAACUGGUCUCUUCAUCUCUUCCAUUGGGGGCAUUGGAUACACUGUGCUCAACUACUACGCGUACAAACUUGGUCCCUGCGGGAAAUGGGGGUCCUCGGAUACUUGCGUUGAUGAGAACGGGAAUACGCGCGUGGCACCGAUCACCAUCUGGUGGAUCGCCAUUCCCUACGCCAUCGGUGGCAUCUCUGAGCUCUUCAUCAACGUCCCCGCCUACGGCAUCGCCUACUCCCGCGCCCCCAAGAAUAUGCGCGGCCUCGUCUCCGCCAUCAACCUCCUCAACACGGCAGUCGCCUAUGCCAUUGGACUGGCCUGCUCGGCCGUGAUCAAGGACCCUUAUCUGACUUGGGACUUUGGCGGCCCGUCCAUUGUAGGCUUUGUCCUCACUGUCAUCUUCUACUUUAUGUUCCGCCACAUCGACAAGGAGGAGUACUUCCUCACGGAGAUGGCGGAGAACGAGAACGAGACGACUGCCCAGCCUAAGGAGAGCGCGCUGAGUGAGAAUGGGGAUAAGACAUUAAGCCCCGUAGAGAAGGUUGCUGAUAAUGAGCCGGAGAAGAUUGGGGUAUCCCUAAAACAAUGA